AUGUCCAAGCACAUUGCCAUCAUAGGAGCAGGGCCAUCGGGUCUGACCCUUGCAGCUCUGUUGCAACAUCAUUCGAUUCCCUUUACCAUCUAUGAGCGAGAGAAAUCCACCAGUUCUCGCUUUCAAGGAGGAUCUCUGGACCUUCAUCCAGAGUCUGGUCAACAGGCUUUGUUCGAAGCUGGGCUCCGGGAGCAGUUCAACAAGUACGCCCGAUAUCACGACCAGGACUACCGCUUUGGCGACAAAAAUGCUGUCACGUGGUUGUAUCAUCAAGCACCGGCUGACGCAGAUGGGCGUCCCGAAAUUGACCGUGCAAUGCUUCGCAAGAUACUCAUCGAGUCCCUCGAUCUAGCGAACAUCAAAUGGGACCACCGCGUCUCAGACGUAUCCCCACAGGAAGAUGGCCGCGUGAAAAUAUCUUUCGGCGACCAGCACAACCCAGUGGUAACUGAUCUGCUUGUUGGUGCGGAUGGAACUUGGUCCAAGGUUCGGCCACUCCUCACCAGCUGGAAGCCCGAGUAUACUGGCCUCACUGUUAUCGACUGCCGCAUCUCUGACCUGGAUAAAAGAUUUCCAGAGCUUGGAGAGUUCAUCGGCCGCGGUACCUAUUUCUGCCUUUCCGAAGGUAGUGGGAUCUUUAUGCAGCGGAAUGGAGAUGGGAGCGUGCGUGUCUACCCUUGCCUGCGAGUCGAAGAGAACUGGGCCUCAAAAGAUGCCUCUUUCGACUGGAGUGACCAGAAAAAGAUGACUGAGUAUCUGAUUGAUACCUUCUUUUCAACCUGGGAUCCUCGCCUCCAGGAUGUCAUCCGCAAUGUUGACGCAAGCAUGACUCCACGUGCCCAGUAUCGCAUGCCCCUAGGGCUGCGUUACAACCACUGCCAAGGCUUGACAAUGAUCGGUGAUUCUUUGCAUGUUAUGUCGUGGUUUGCUGGAGAAGGUGCAAAUUUGGCAAUGCUGGACGCCUUGGAUCUUUUCCACGAAAUCUACGCUCAUCCCAAGGACUUGGAUUUGGCAGUGCGUCGCUAUGAGACUAAAGUGGUAGAUUGUGGACGGGCCGAUGCGACUAACGAAAUGUCACAAGACCUACUUGUCAAGGCUAUGUCAGACGACUCUCCUCGAGCGUAUGUUGAAGGGAUGGCCAAGGCAAUGGAUGUUUGGUUCGCGGACGGGAAGUUGCUGGACAGUAUGGAUCGAGACGUAUUGUAUAGUAACUAA